AUGGCCAAAGCAAAUAAAAAUCGCGAAGCAAAACUUCUUUUCGAAGAAAAAGAAGUAAUACUGUGUUUUCACGGGCCUCUGCUUUAUGAGGCAAAAAUUAUAAAAGCAGAGAAUUGGGCGCCAGGUGAUUCUAAAUCAGGAGAACUUGGUCCUCAUUAUUUUGUACAUUACAAAGGCUGGAAAAAUACGUGGGACGAAUGGGUAUCAGAAGAUAGGGUUGUAAAAAUGAAUCAGUCAAAUCUAGCCAAACAAAAACAACUCAAGGAGUCACAUGCAAUCAUGAAAAAAAGAAAAAUUGGCAAAAAAGCAAUCCAACAACAAAAUCAACAACCUGUUGUUGAGAAACCCACACCACGUACAAAAAAACGUCAAAGAGCAGACUCUGUUAAUGGAAUACAAGAUGUUGGACAAGCUCAUGAUAAUAAACAAGAUAGAAAAAGAAAGAAAGUUGUAAAGGAUAAUGAAGAACGGGAAAAGGAAUUUAUGAAACUUCCAGAAAUCCAAAUAGUACUUCCUCAACGUUUAAAAGAAAAAUUAAUAGAUGAUUGGGCAACUAUUAUGAGAGACAAAAUUUUAUACCAUCUGCCUUGUUCGAUUACUGUGGACGAGAUAUUAGUAGAUUAUUUGAAUUAUAAACGUGGUAUUACUUCUUCCACUUCUGGUGAUAACUCAUUGUCUUCUUCUACAUCCUCAUAUUCUUUAUCUUCCAAAAAUGCUUCAAAAUCGAACGAUUAUACAUCUUCAAGGUAUGAAGAUGUUCACGAGGAAAUUACGAAUGGAAUUCAGGCUUAUUUUAACACUUGUUUGGAUACUAUGCUCUUGUAUGAUGAAGAAAGAGUUCAAAAUGAAGAUGUUCACAAAACUUAUCCGGACAAAGAAUGGUCAGAAAUCUAUGGAGCAGAACAUUUGUUAAGAUUAUUUGUUGAACUUCCAAAAUUACUUGUUCACACUGAUUUAGAUGAAAAGGCUAUGGAUAUCCUUAAAGGACACUUGGCAGACUUCUUAAAAUUUUUUGAAAAAAAUAGAUCACAUUAUUUUGUGGGAAUGUAUGAACAUGAUUUGAGUAUUCCCCCUAACAAGAAAUUAAAAUCUAGUGGCAAGAGAGCAGCAAAAUCUUACUGUACAAAUUGUAGAACAUUCAAUUCGCCUGAUUGGCAUGCUGGAGAAACUCCUGAUCAAAUACUUUGUAGCAUCCCGUCACCUUCAACUCCAUCUCCAUCUACUUCGGAUGAUGGCAUCCUUAGUUAG